AUGAAGCACCCCCUGCCUCAAUGCCACCACCAAACAUGGGGGUCUGGUGAGGAGCCCCCCAGCCCCACCAGCAUCCCCCGCAGCCUCUGCCUGCACUGCAAGGAGCAAGAUGCCUUCUUCAGCCUCUUGGAAGACACAGUGGUGAAGGAGUUCUUCUCCACGGAUGUCUUUUGCAGGAUCUCUGAUAAGUACCUUUUGGCCAUGGCACUGACCUACUUCAAGCGCGCUAGGCUGCCCAUCAGCGAGUACACCCGCAUCAACCUCUUUGCUGCCCUGUACCUGGCAAACGACAUGGAAGAGGAUGAGGAGCACCACAAGUACCGCAUCUUCCCAUGGGCCUUGGGCCGCCGCUGGCGCCGGCUCUUGCCCCGCUUCCUCCGGCACCGUGACCGCCUCUGGGCCCGCAUGAGCUACCGGGCGGCCGUCAGCCGGCUCUGCUGUGAGGAGGUGAUGGCAGCUGCCCCCCAGCACUGGGCCUGGCUGCGGGAGCGCCCCCUCCAGUACGGCGGGGCCCUGCGCCCCCACCACCGGGACGAGGAGGAUGAGGAGGAGGAGGAGACCAACGGCUUCAUCCUCGGCUGCCCCAAAGGGCAUUGAAUUGGGUUGAAACCAGCCAAAAUUGGGGCCUCUCUGUGCACCUUUCUGUGGGUUUUAAUGUUCGAUUUUGGCAAUUUCCCCCCCUUAUUUAUAACCAAGAUGGAUAAAAUUCACCCCCAGUUGCUUGUUUUGUACUUGUUGCCUGAUGAUUUUCCCUCUUUUUCUUAGGGUUUUGCCUCAAAACUCUUGUAUCUCCCUCCUAUGUGAGGCUCAGCUCCCCCACCCCCUUUUUCACUCAAAAAGCAGGGAAAAUGGGAAACAGGAUAUUAAA